ACGUUGCAACGUCAAGUGAAGUCACGCUAUGUAAACAACUUUCGGGAUGCAACACAGCGUUAACUUGUUCCGUUAGCCAAUCAGAGUGUCGCUUAUAUAUCAGUGUUUGGUAGACACGACAACAACAGCCUCGACCGGAAGUUUACAGCGAGUGGAAAAGUUGCAGUUACAAGAAUUUGUUUCUCUACAAAUAUUAAGAUAAGAGUGAUGACACUUUAUCUGCGCUGCCAAUGGAAGUCAGGAAAAUAUGUUCUGAGUGGUCUAACAUUAAAAUGCCCUAUAUCCAAACUAAAAGACCAGAUAGAGGCAGCUACAAACAUUCCCAGAGACUGCAUUAAAGUUAAGCAAGGGUUCCCACCCAAAGUUGUGGACCUCUCAUCUGAAUGCAAUGAAUUGUCUACCCUGCCAUUUAGGUCAGGAGAUACUCUGAUAGUUGAAGAAGAUGCAUCUCUUCGUAAGCAAGCUCAGCAGACUGUUGAUAAUGCAUUGCAAAAUCAAAUGCUGCACACUUCGGGAAUGCUGAUGCGAAAAGUCGUUCCCGCAGACAAUUCCUGCCUGUUUACCAGCGUGGAUUGCGUUAUGAACAAUGGCAAAGUGGAUUUAAGUGUUUCGAGUCAGAUGCGUGAUUUGAUAGCCAGUAUUGUAAUGAGUGACCCAGUUACAUAUGACUCUGCAAUCCUCGGGAAAAGUAGCAAAGAUUAUUGCGCAUGGAUUAGGAAAAAGGAUUCAUGGGGUGGUGCUAUUGAGAUCUCCAUUCUAUCCAAGUCUUAUGAAGUAGAAAUUGAUGUGGUUGAUACUCAGUCAGGCAGAAUUGACAGGUUUGGUGAAGACAAAAAUUACCCGCGUCGAGUACUUGUCCUGUACGAUGGCAUUCACUAUGACCCUCUGAUCCUGGAGCCAUUAGUCCCUGGAGAACCGGUGAAAACGAUUUUUUCCACAAAAGAUGACAGUGUUCUGGCUCAGGCUCUGGACAUUGCGAAUGAAUCCAAGCAGUCUAGACAGUACACCGAUGUAGGACAAUUUACCCUCAGGUGCCUGAUCUGUAACAAGUCUUUGGUUGGCCAGAAAGAGGCACAGGAGCAUGCCAAGUUAACUGCACAUAUUAACUUUGGCGAGUAUUAGGCACAGCAUGAACAGUUCAUAAAAUGUAGUCUGUAGCAAUUCUUGCUAGUACCAUGUUUUGCUGGUUUUGCCAUUACAUGGUGAUACUAAUUACUUUUGUAAAACUGUUUAAAAUUAUCCCCAUAUUGUCUUUAUGUAACUGAAAGCAGUUACUACAGUACAUUUUCUGUAUGAUUCAAUUUUGAAGUAAUGCUUUUCGAUUACAAAAUAAAGCAUAAUUUUGUCCACAAAUGCAAUUCAAUUUUAAACUACAACAGAAAGCCACUCUUACUGCAAUGUUGUCAUCUGUAAAUAUAUCAUUUAAAAUAAAUAGAAUGUCUAGUACAUAUUUUUGGUUGUUUGAUAUUCACUGGACAUUUUUUGUGCAUUUUUCUACACAGAUUUGUCAUUAUUUUAUUUCUUUAUCUAGUUUUUAAUGUAUAUAUAUAUAUAUCAUUUAUUUGAAUUUAAAAUUCGAAAUUCAGAUUUGAUUGUUACAUUGUACAUGUAUGCAUUCAUGUAUUUUUUGCCUUGUAACUUAGUCUUAUAAGUAACUUAAGGCUAUUAUAUAAAUGUUUUGAGCACAUUAAGAUUAUUUUUCAUAUGGCUGCAAGACUUGUGAAAUGUGUUCCAGGUAUUUAAGGUAUUGUACUUAUAGUGGCUAUGGAAUUGUGUGGGGAAAAUUCUUAGUGCCCUUGUAGGCACAAGAACACUUAGCCUUGAUUUAAAUUAUUUUAAGUUAUUUUUAGAAUUGCUAUUUUUUUGUAAAAAUUGAGUAUGAGAUUGAACAGCCAACACUUUGCCUUGAGAAAGCAUGUUGAUCAAUUUAUCAUGAGAAACAGAACAACAUUCACACUAUUGAUACAAGUGUAAUUCACAUUUUUUAGCUUGACUAUUAUAUAUGAAAUAUAUAUAGUGGAGCUAUCCUACUCACCCCAGCGUCGGCGUUACCGUUAGCGUGCAAAUGUUAAAGUUUGCGUACCACCCCAAAUAUUUUCAUUGUUCCUUGACAUAUUGCUUUAAUAUUUUGCAUACUUCUUUACCAACAUGAACCCAACCUAUAAACAAGAGCAGACAACUGUAUUGAGCAUUUUGUAAGAAUUAUGGCCCUUUUUUCACUUACAAUAUGCAUAUUAUUAAUUAAUACAAUAUGCAUAUUAUUAAUUAAUCUAUGUUAAAGUUUCAUCAUCACUUGACAUAUUGCUUCCAUAUUUUGCAAACUUCUUUACCAACAUGACCCCAAUCUAUAAAUAAGAGCAGACAACUGUUUCAAGCAUUUUGUAAGAAUUAUGGCCCUUUUUUCACUUAUAAUAUGCAUAUUUCUUUACUUACAUUGACAUAACUUCUUUAUUUAUGAUCAGAUUUUAUUAAUACUUUGACAAAACAACACUUACCUGAAUACCACAAUGGAUUCCACCCAAACAAUACCCCAACCCAGAAUCCCUGCCCCUCCCCCCCCAAAAAAAAAAAAAAGUUUUUUUUCCUUUUUAGCUCACCUGUCACGAAGUGACAUGGUGAGCUUAUGUGACCUUGUGAUGUCCGGCGUCCGUAUGUGCAUGCAUGUGUGCGUCCGUCAACAAUUUGCUUGUGUAGACAGUAGAGGUCACAGUUUUCAUCCAAUCUUUAUGAAAUUAGGUUAGAAUGUUUAUCUUGAUGAAAUCUGGGUUGGUAUUGUAUUUGGGUCAUCUGGGAUCAAAAACAAGGUAACUAGGUCAAAUAAUUGAAAAACCUUGUGUAGACUUUAGAGGCUGCAGUUUUCAUCCAAUCUUUAUCAAAUUUGGUCAGAAUGUUUAUCUUGCUGAAAUCCGGGUUGAAAUUGUAUUUGGGUCAACUGAGGUCAAAAACUAGGUUAAAUAAUAGAAAAACAUUGUGUAGACAAUAAAGGUCGCAGUUUUCAUCCAAUCUUUAUGAAAUUUGGUCAGAAUGUUAUUCAUGAUGGAAUCUGGGUUGGGAUUGUAUUUGGGUCAUCUGUGGUCAAAAACUAGGUCAUUAGGUCAAAAACUAGGUCAAAUAAUAGAAAACCUUGUAUAGACAAUAGAGAUCGUUUUCAUCCAAUCUUUAUGAAAGUUGGUCAGAAUCUUAUCUUGAUGUAAUCUGGAUUGGGAUUGUAUUUGGGUCAUCUGGGGUCAGAAACUAGGUCUCUAGGUCAAAAACAAGGUCAAAUAAUAGAAAAACCUUGUGUAGACAAGAGAUGUCGCAGUUUUCAUCCAAUCUUUACGAAAUUUGGUCAGAUUUUCUAUCUUGAUGGAAUCUGGGUUGGGAUUGUAUUUGGGUCAUCUGAGGUCAAAUACUAGGUCACUAGGUCAAAUAAUAGAAAAACCGUCAACAAUUUGUUUGUGUAGACAGUAUAUAGAGGUCACAGUUUUCAUCCAAUAUUUAUGAACUUUGGUCAGAAUGUUUAUCUUGAUAAAAUCUGGGUUGGGAUUGUAUUUGGGUCAUCUGGGGUCAAAAACUAGGUCACUAGGUCAAAAACUAGGUUACUAGGUCAAAUAAUAGAAAAACCUUGUAUAGACAAUAGAGGUUGCAGUUUUCAUCCAAUCUUUAUGAAAUUUGGUCAGAAUGUUUAUCUUGAUGAAAUCUGGGUUGGGAUUGUAUUUGGGUCACCUUGGGUCAGAAAGUAGGUCAAUAGGUCAAAUAUUAGGAAAACUAUGUGUAGACAAAAGAGGUCACAGUUUUCAUCCAAUCGUUAUGGAAUUUGGUCAGAAUGUUUAUCUUGAUGAAAUCUGGGUUGGGAUUGUAUUUGGUUAUUCAGGUGAGCGAUUCAGGGCCAUUAUGGCCCUCUUGUUUAUUUUUGAAAGAUCGUCUAAUAAAUGACCACACCCCACAUACCCCCUCUCACCCCCCUUCCCAACCCAAAACGAAUUUUUUUUAUUUAAAACAUUUUUACAAAAAGCAUAAAUAUUUCUUUACUUUAUUUUUGAAGGACCGUCCAAACUUCCCACCCAAGCUAUUGCUAUCAAACUUGGAAAAAAAUUUAUUAGUUUGUGUUAUGUCUUUACAAAUGUUCAAUAGAUUGUGAAAAAUAUACCUGAACUAUUACCUUGACCUUAUUAUAUAAUUUGAACAAUUUCCCCAUGAUGGCUUAGGUUAUAAUAUACUGUUAAGCACUUGAAAAGUCGAGCGCGCUGUCCUCUAACAGCUCUUGUUUGGUUUUGCAAGGAAUACAAAUAACAAAAUAUCAACAUGCUUUAUAUUUAAGUAUUGUCUUUUCUCUAUUUAAAUUUUAAUUGUAUAAGAUUCCUGCAUGUUGAGAAUUAAAUUACAUUUAAAUGACACUGGAGAGACAUACAAAAAUAUGUAAAGUGGCAAGAUUACAUCACAUUAUUUUCAACUUAAUAUGGUGUUUAUAAAUAGGUUUAAGUGUGUGAAAAUCAGUGGGAUACAAACAGAUUAAAUAUCCACGUGUUACAUGCAUCUUACAUGUGUAUAUUGGAAUUAUUACCCUAUAACUUUUUGAAUAAUCUCUUCCUUAACCAUCCUGAUGGUACCAGUAUUCAAUGAAAUCAAACUGUAUAUGUAAGGAAUGCACAUUCAUACGAGCCGUGAUCUGGGAAAACGCAGUCCGCACAGGCUUUAAAGGGUCAACACUUUUUUGCCUAAACUGGUUUUUAUUAAGAAGACACUUUUUAAUGGCAAAAUUCCAUAGAAGCAGAAAGUGUGUUCCCUCAUUAUCCUUUGCAGGCUGCAAAGGCUAACCACGCACAUACAUUAAGCCCUGUUUUCCAAGAGUACUGUUUAUAUAUUUGACAAAUUUGUUACUCAUAAUAAGUAUUUAUAAAAAUGUACAUGUAGUUAUAACAAUAUAGUGUUUUUUUUGUUUCCAUGACUUAUACAAGGACAUGGUCCAACAUUUAAAUGUUGCUCAGUCAUGUACAUGUAUGUGAUGUUUGUUUAUGCAAAAAAUAAAGCGACUCCCAUAUAUUA